UUCCGAAGGAAAGGUGUGCUUUGAUAAACUUUUGCGUAUUUUGAUGUCGUUGAUCAGUUUCAAAAUGCUGAAGUAGUGUUACAAAUAGUAAAGUGCUCAAAUAUGUGUCGUGACAGUGAUUUACUAAUUAAUAGUUCGAUUGAAGUGUAGUGUCCAACAUGUUUCGAUGUAUACCUUUGUUCAAAUGUAAUCGCCAAGUGGAAUGUGUAGACAAGCGGCACUGCUCGUUGCCAACAGUACCUGAAGAGAUUUUACGAUAUUCCAGGAGUUUGGAGGAACUUUUUUUAGAUGCAAACCAUAUACGAGACUUACCGAAGAAUUUCUUCAGACUCCAUCGACUGAGGCGACUAGGGCUUAGUGAUAAUGAAAUUCACAAGCUGCCACCAGAUAUACAGAAUUUUGAGAAUUUAGUUGAACUAGAUGUUUCACGCAAUGACAUUCCCGACAUACCAGAAGACAUCAAGAAGCUGCGAGCCCUGCAGAUUGCGGAUUUCAGCAGCAACCCCAUCCCCCGCCUGCCAGCGGGCUUUAGCCAGCUUCGGGCACUUACCGUCCUCGGCCUCAAUGAUAUGUCACUCACAAGUUUACCCAGCGAUUUUGGAAGUUUGGUGUCCCUCCAGUCAUUGGAGCUGAGAGAAAACUUGCUCAAGUCUCUUCCGGAGUCGCUGAAAAACCUCAUUAAGCUAGAAAGAUUAGACUUGGGAGACAACGAGAUCGAGGAAUUGCCCGGCUUUAUCGGAGAACUGCCAGCGUUACAAGAGCUUUGGUUAGACCACAACAAAUUGCAGUAUUUGCCAUCCGAAAUCGGGAACUUAAAGGCUUUAGUGUGCUUAGACGUAAGCGAAAACAAAUUAGAGAAAAUUCCAGAAGAAAUAGGUGGCCUAUGUUCCCUAACUGAUCUCCAUCUAUCACAGAAUAUGUUAGAAACAGUGCCUAAUGGUAUCGGGGAUCUAUCCAAAUUAGCUAUAUUGAAACUGGACCAAAAUAGGUUACACAUGUUAAAUGAAGGUAUCGGAAGCUGUACUAAUCUCCAGGAGCUUAUCUUGACGGAGAACUUUUUAAUGGAACUGCCUAAAUCAAUAGGUAACCUCCAGGAGUUAUCAGUAUUGAAUGUAGAUAGGAAUUCAUUAGGUGAAAUACCGCUCGAGAUCGGCAAUAUGACUGUACUGGGCGUCCUGAGCUUGCGGGACAAUAAAUUGACCAAACUGCCCAAUGAAUUAGGAAAUUGCAAGUCUCUACAUGUUUUAGAUGUUAGUGGAAACAGGUUACAAUAUCUACCAUACACUCUAGUAAAUUUAGAAUUAAAAGCGGUAUGGCUCUCGGAAAAUCAGGCACAACCGUUAUUAACUUUCCAAACAGACAGGGAUGAAACGACGGGAGAAAACGUCCUGACUUGUUUCUUACUGCCACAGCUGAGUUAUACGCAACAGCCAGAGUUGGAACAUACGUCAGAGGUCGGCAGUGGCACCUGGUUCAGGGAACACAGAUUUAAUUCACAGUCACAAGAGCUUGAUAGGAUAAGAGAGUCAAAUCUAUCGCGAGAUAGAGACUCCGACGAUGGCUGGGAAGAAAGAGAGGCAUCACGCACUAUCUCCGUUAAGUUCACCGAAGAUGUUUCCGAAGCGAAAGAGACACCGUUUGUACGUCAGAAUACGCCCCACCCGAGAGAGCUUAAGGCCAAAGCAGUUAAGUUGUUUAACCGGACACCGGAGCAGCAACAGCAGAUACAACAACAAAUGCAACAGAAAAUCAACGAUGCUCCGACCACUAAUGGCAUUAUCGCAUCACCUCCAGAAAUCGUGCGCGUUCCUGAUGUUGUGGAACGCGUGCAAACUCCAUUGAUAGCUGAAGUGACGAAGGAUGAAGAGAGCGACAGUCAAGUGGUCCAAGAUAAGGAUUCGUCCGAGGGGGAGAAUGAAGACGAAGAUUCCGAAGAGCUAGAGCGGGAGGACGGGCGCCGAGUGGCGUGGGUCGGGGUCCGCGACCGCGGGGCAAACACCACCGGCGGGCGGCUCCACCGUCGGGACACCCCGCAUCACCUCAAGAACAAACGCAUCAACCAGAUCGAUGCGACUCGCGCAAGAGAUCUGAUUGCGCAGGCUAUCAAGAAAAGAGAUCAACACGAACCGAAAACAGACGAUGAAAUUGUGGAAGACAUACCUGAUGGCGAAUCGGUCUCAGAGCGGGCGGACAGCGAAGUACGAAUCGUGAACGACCAGCGAUGUAUAGAGGUGCGGAUAGGUCGCGCUGCGGGAGGGCUCGGGUUAAGCAUAGCGGGCGGCCGUGGCUCCACACCUUAUAUCGGUGAUGACGAUGGUAUCUUCAUUUCCCGGGUCACGCCGAGUGGACCGGCUUAUUUAGCUGGACUCAGGGUGGGUGACAAAGUUUUGUCGGUCAAUGGCACUUCAGUGGUCGAUGUCGACCAUUACUAUGCCGUUGAAGUACUUAAAGCCAGCGGAGCUACCCUCACUCUAGUGGUGACGAGAGAUUCACCUACAUCGACUAGAACGCACAGCCGAGCGCCGAGCGGUGCAAGCCAUCACUCGAUAUCGAGUACUACAGAUACCGUAUCAACGUUGGAGAAUGGACAGGUGCCAACUGGACGCGGCCUGCCAAUGAAGCCGCUUAUCAUCAGCAACCAAUACGCGCAGGAGUUCGAACCUGAUUUCAAAGAACAAGUCAACAACCAAUCUACACCGAUACCAGUUGCCAGCAACACUCCGUCCCCAACUCCGAUCACGAACUACCAACGGUUGCAAGCAUCUCCGCCACCCGCAACCCAACCUUACAUACCACCCGCAUACCAACAAAAAGUAUUAGUUCACACAACGCUAAUACGCGACGGUUCCGGACUCGGAUUCAGCAUAGCCGGCGGUAAAGGUUCUCCCCAGUACAGAGAUGACAGCGACGCGAUCUACGUGUCGCGGAUAUCACCACAGGGCGCGGCUUCCAAGGAUGGCAAGAUGAUGGUCGGCGAUAAAGUCGUCUCGAUUAAUGGCGUUGACAUGGAGAAAGCUCCGCACGAAACCGCCGUAUCGCUGCUUACAGGCCACGAACGAUUUGUGAGACUUGUCCUGCAGCGGACAAUCACACCGGAACAAGGCAAUUCGCUCCCGCGCAAGUCUACGUCAGACGAAGUGAGAGAGCACAAGACAAGCCUGCCGAAUGUGAACGUCACUCCGACACCGAAACCCACUGCUAACCACGUUCCGCCAUUAAUCGGCAACCACACCGCACCGCGAGUGUCCACGCACGUUGCACCGCAACCGUACACGCAAUUGCAACCACAACCACAACCACAACCACAACCACAACCACAACCACAACCACAACCAAUACCGCAACCACACUUGCAGCAAACACAAACAUUUGCACCAACUACCGCGCCACCACAGCCGGCCCCGAGGAAGUUGAGUCAAACAAACGGAACGGCGGGCACGAAACCGGCAACUAAUAGUACGAGCACGCCUCUAACUCCCGGCGCCAAUAAAUUGCACGGCUCUAACGACGACGUAUUCGACGAUAUACAGCCGGCGCGGGCGAUGACGAACGAGGAGUUCCAAGCGCUGAUCCCGGCUCACUUCCUGGGCGGGCAACGCGCCAGCACGCCCGUGGAACGCGGCGUGCGCGUUACCGUCGAGCGCGCACCACUGCCACCCGCGUUGCCGCCGCCACCCUCCGCGCUGGGCCGCGUCACCGAGACCAUCACCAAGUCCACCUUCACCGAGACGACAGUCACCCGGAUAACUGACAACCAGCUCGUCGCGCCGCUCAUCAUAGAAGAUGUGGUCAUGGUGAAAGAAGGCGGUUCCCUUGGAUUUAGUAUAAUAGGGGGAACUGACCACUCUUGCGUGCCGUUCGGUGGCAAAGAGCCGGGAAUAUUUGUUUCACAUAUCGUUCCUGGAGGUGUAGCAGCAAGGUCAGGCAAGCUUCGCAUGGGAGAUCGUUUGAUCAAAGUGAACGGAACCGAAUUGGUUGGCGCAACGCAUCGUGAUGCAGUACAACUACUUCUGCAACCGGGAUCCACUCUAGCACUAACUGUGCGACACGACCCAUUACCGCUAGGCUUCCAGGACUUAACAAUAGUAAAGCAAGAACGCGAAAAUCUGGGUAUGCACAUAAAGGGUGGUUUGAACGGGCAGCGCGGGAAUCCCAACGAUCCUAACGAUGAAGGAGUUUUUAUAUCCAAGAUCAAUAGCGGAGGUGCGGCAAGGAGGGACGGCAGGCUAAAGGUGGGAAUGCGUCUCCUAGAAGUGAACGGCGUUUCACUAUUAGGCGCAACUCACAACGAAGCGGUGAACGCAUUACGUUCAGCGACGAACGCACCUUUACAUUUAGUCGUAUGCCACGGUUAUUCAAGACCUGAAAAAUAUACCACCGGCAGCGAGAGCGGGACAGCUGAAACGGGCGGCUCCCUCUCACACUCCACCUCGAGUUUGGACCGAGACGACAAGUUGCAUCAACACCAACAGGAGCAACACAUACGACAGGAUUUAGUAGAAUUCGAACAUGAGAAGCAAAUCGCUGAGAUGAGAGAAAAAACCACACCAGAAAAGGUAUUGGACAUCGUACACGCGGUAGAAAGUAUCGCUUUGGACCCCGCACCGCCCAUCUCACCGGAGCCGCAACACAAGACGACCACCGUCGUUAUGUCCAAACACACCCUUCAACCUCAGUCGUCUAGUUCGGAAGCGGCGCCACCGUCGCCACUAGCGGUGUUCACACAACAGAAACUGAAGACGCCACCGCCCCAGUCAGCCACCGUGCCGGCCUCGGAGGGCACCUCCGUCGACCCACCGCAGCAACCUGCCCUGCCAACCAAACAGAAACCACAAGUGCCUCGCAAACCGCAAACGAAGCGAGUUAGUUUCACUUCGGAAACGUUCGAUGCAUAUGAACCGACACUGUCGACGAACGAUGCGACUACCCCCCGAAUCAUACCGCAUGGAAUGCAUGACAAGAUCGUGGAGGAAUCUCCCAGUACUAACGAUGCAUGCCCGGGACAUAGCUCUUUACUAAUACAAAAUCGACCCGCAAAUAUAGAGCUGAAAGAAACCAAAUCGAGUCUAGUUCGCCCCGAAGAAUUUAUCAUCCCCCCUCCGCCACUGUUCGCGGCGAAAGUAAGUCAAAGUCAACUAAUUCACGAAAAGGCACGAGAGCUAGAUGACCCUGUAAUCACUGUUAUUCCCGAGCGCGUAAUACUCCCGCUACCUAUUGUGGCUGAAACAACUAUGCAGUCCUCUAAUUCUACAAACUCACCAGAAACAGAAUUUCCUCCGCCAGUUAAUUACCUAGCUCAUCCGACCAUUGAGUCUACGUUAAAAAUAGAUUCUGAUCCAUUUCGAACUGUUAUAUUUUCUGAAGUGCCUUCAUCACAAGUCUUCCGAGAUGAACUUCCUUUUAAUGAUCCUGACGAAUUGUAUAACGAUUUAUCAGCCAGUCCCGUAGGAGAACCCAGUCCCGCAUUAUUGCAUGCUCACUAUAAAACUCUUCCCACCGUCUCGCAUAUACCUAACUCGCCAUGCUAUUUGCAUCCUGAAAGAAAAACUUUCGAAGACACCCAUGUUUCUUUACGAGAUUUAAGAGCUAAUAGUCUUGCGUCUAACAUGGUACAUUCUACGACUUACCCGCUUAGCAAUCCGUAUCCAUCUCUUACGACGGUCGCUGGAACAUUUAAUCCAUAUACAUGCACACUUCCGGUCCAUGUAUCAAACAAUAUGACUUAUUCAACAUCUGUACCCACAUUGUCACCUUCAUUAGUUAGUUCAGUAGGAAAAGAUAUAAAUGCCAACGUCACUCAAUCUAUUCCAAUUAAAGUGGGAGAUGCGCCUAAAAGUGUUCAAUCAGAAAGAAGAGUGCGUUUUGGCGAAGUGACGACUGCGCCUGAAUUUGAUAAUUUUUCAAACAAUUUGGCGCCGACGGGAGAAGGAAGCACUUCGCCCGCGCCCACCUUGAAACCCGCAUGGAGCAGCAAUAUCAAAUCCUUCGCCAUCGGCGAGGUAAUCUUUAAUGCUUCCCCACCUCAAUCUGGUAAUUUUGUGAAAGCAUCUGUCAGCGAUAAGAAAAAGUUCUUUGAAAACGCAAUGGAAGAAAGUCAUAAAUCAUCGCCAAAACCAGAGAAAGUGUUCACAUUCUUAUCAGCGGAUGAGGUGGAGAAAUUGAAGCAGGAAGAGGAAAGGAAGAUGGCAUCUCUGUCGCGCGCUGAGCUCAGCUCGUGGUCCCCAGGGGAGGACCGCCAGAGUGAAUACAGCUCGCAUUCGGAUGAUGAACCCUACGAGAAUGGCCAUAGUGUUUCUUUGGGUGGUGUAAGUCCAUCCGCAAAGUCGCAACGUCGUCGUGCAAAUCGCGAAGGUUCCGACAGUGAAGACCCAAGUACACGCGCUGCUCGCCGAGCGGCGUGGCGAGCCGCAAGGCUACGUUCACUUGAACAGGACGCGAUUGAAUCACAAAAAGCAAUUAAAAGCAUGGUGGGUCCAGCGCAUGAAAUUAUAGGAGAGGUGCCGACCAGAGAAAGAUCACCCUCCGAGGUGGAGACGACGCAAGAGAAGAUAAUAUCACUGGAACUAACAACCAGUCCCACAAGUGAGACCGCUCCCUCCGACUUGGAAGAAACGAGUCUCGAGAAUGAAGUUGACACCGGGGAGAAUUCACUCCAGCCGGACAUCGUUCAAGUUGUCAAUCCCAUGCUCGACGGAGGCGUAGGUCGCGUAACGGCAAUCCCAGUCGGACCCGCGCACCGACUAACGCCGUACAACGACCAUCAACAAUGAACAACUAUCUGAAAUAUCCCACUAAGCAUUUUUAUCCAUCCAGGUUUACGGGUAGAAAACUUCUUUAAAUACCUUGUGUCCUUCGCACACCGACUCGACUACAAUUAAAGCGUUAAACACGUUACAGAAAGUGUUGUUUAAAGUCAAUGAUGCAUGGCCGACGCAUGGUCUUCUUGUCGCAUACUUAUUAUUUUGAAUUUUCUCUGAUCUGGUGGGCUUCGGCCGGUACGAUACCGCGUAGAAAGUUAUUAGGGGUUUAACAUAACUGCCACGCCUUAGUAGAUUAGCCCGCUACUAUCUUAGACUGCAUCUUUAUGUAAUACCAGGUGAGAUUGCAGUCGAGGGCCAACUUGGAAAAGGCACACACAUUUGUAAGGGUUGCUUUAUGUAACAUAACUUAAGGCUAAAAAUAAGGCAUAAAAUGCUUUAAUUUAAGUCGAGUCUGUGUUGAGUCGAUAUGUUGUGCGAAUGCCAUAUAUCUGUUAAAAGCAGUUGCCUACUAUUUCAUCUUUUUUAGGGUUGCAUCUUAAGUUUAUUAUUUAGAUACUUUUUCACUUUUAUAAAUAAAGACUAAAACGUUUCUAGUAUCCGAAACUUUCCAGGCAAGCCGAUGUACAACCCAGUUUCUCACAGAUUUUUUAUUGGCUAAUAAAUUAUACACAUCGUGAAACAAAAAUUGGCAACCCGAAAACUAUACACAUGACAACGUACUCGGCUUUAUUUUAUUUAACAUAAUAUAACUCGACUUAGCUCGUCGAUGAACUCGAAGUAGAUUUUUCAGCGAUAAGAACGACAUUGAACUAUUAUACAUCCUUAUUUGUAUUUAAACUGUGAUAAUAAGUUUAGAAUUCCACCGACUUUGCUCUUAUUAUUUGUAUGGGAUACGUUGAGAAAAUCUACAGUCGAGCAGCACUUUUUACUGUGGCAUUUUUUAUUUCGAUCACAAUUUUUAAUUUUUUUAUUAUAAUUUUGCAUCGGAGGUUUGUGAUAGAUUUUAUCUAUUUUGAUAAUAUUAUUUCUUUUGUGUACUUUACGUAUGUGACUUUAAAUAUUUUCAUUCCGUGCAAGUUUUACUGUUUGACUGAAUGUUGUUGCUGUACCUGUUUAUUUCAAUUUUUUAGGAAAAUGAUUGGAUGUAAGUUCUUAUGAAGGAAAUGUUUUAAGAGAUUAUACAAAACAUAGUGUACAUACCAUCGUUAUAUGUAUACUAUUGAGCUAUUGAACAUUAUGUUGUUCAGUAAAACCAACGACAAUUUUUUUUGUACAGUUGGCAUCACACAACCGCCUGCUUGUGUAUUAAUUUAGUUUGAUAUUUCAUAUUAUAUUAUUAUUUAGUACAAAUGCUAAUUUUAUUCUGGCAUUGUCUUAAUUGUUACAGUAUUUGUGUUAACUGGUGUAUUAAUAAUUUAAUUUAAUGUUUUAAUUUAAUGUAUGUGGUGCCUUAAUUCCUCAAAUAGAUUACUGUGUAACACGAUUUUACUCUUAAAUGCUAGUACACUUACUGUAUUUGAUAAUGCAUAUAAAUGUUUAUGCUGUAGUUAAAUUGUUUUAAUAAAAAUACCCUUUUGAUAAUUUAUACCUAAAAAUAAAAUACUUAAUUAUUUUUUGCAUUUUAAGCAUCCGAAGGCCGUUAAAUUUUUCUUUUAAAUGUACAUUAUAUUAUUGUUCUUAAUCUCAACAAAAUGUAUAUUUCCGUUAAUGAAGAUGUUUUGGAGUAUAUUUAAUGGUAGUAAACUAUUGAUAGUUUUGAUGUAUUGAAUGAAAGAAUGGUCUCUAUGCGUGUACUUUAUAUCUUUUUAAGAUUCUAGUAAUGUGGAUUGUAAACUAAUGAAAAUAUUGUAUGUUUGUCCAAUAAAUGGUUUAAUAUAUAUUUUAAUAAAAUUA